AUGCUAAAGUGUCUACUGCAAGAAAAAGGUUUUCCUGGAUGUAUAAAUGAUGAAAGAGCUACAAUUCAAACCUCCAGUGACUUUGUAGUUGAAGAGAUCCCUACUCCUGAUACGGAAGCAGCAGAUGUUUCUACAGUAGUAUACAAUAUCAAAGAUUACAGCAGAGCACGAAGUCCAUCCCCUCCACCUUUGUCACCAGUGAGAGCAGACGGGUCUGAAACUGGAAUGAAUACGUACAUUUCAGCCUUUGAUGCUAAUAGCAUUGAAUGUAAUAUCACCCAACCCCCCUCUCUUUCUCCAGAAGAAGAGGGGGACUGCAGCUCACUGAUGUCUAGUCAGACUUCAAGCAAAGCACACCUAGAAGAAUUUCAGGAAGUCGAUGGUGAAAAUAGUAGAUCAUCUGAGUCUGAAAAUGAUAUUGAAAAAGGUGAAAAUUCUGUUUCAUUUCAAGAGCUAAUGGAGCGAAUAAAUGAAAAACUGAAAUCAAUAGAAACUUCAGACAAAGGUCAAAGUCUGACUAACCCAUCCAACAUUGAUUCCUAUCAGGAAAAUAAUGACAGUGUUAAAUUGAGAGAAAUUGUAACUGCUUUACUCCACGAGGCAAAGGUCAGUGAUUAUAGCCUAAUGGAAUUACUCAAACAGCACGAGGAAAACCGAAUAAUUCAAACCCGUUUCCGGAAACGUCAAGAAACUCUAAUUGCUCUUCAUAACUCUCCAGAUUCUCCAUCAUCUCGUCGUCAAACAGUGCAAAUAAAACGAGAUCUUGCAAAUCUAGAUCAGCUCUUUUUAAGGAAGAAGUCAACAUCUGACAAAUGUGGGAAGAGAUCAGCAAAGAGCCUCAUAAAGAAUCCAAGUUCACCAGAAGCCGAAUAUUCCUUUCUUGGUGAUGAAGUUGCUGAAGAUUCAAUAGACCCUGAUUUACAAAAUAUUCCCAGCAUGAAUACCGGUUUUAACAACUUUCCACCCUUGCAAUGUGAAAUAGCUUCCUUCGCUGACUCGAAGUUCUCGCCUGGGGAAGGAGUAGAAUGUGAAGUUAGAGAUAUAACAGAAUGGUCAAAUUUAUCAGAAGACAGUUGUAAUUCUUUUGAUUACCCAGAGCAGUCAAACACCUCUGAACCUCAUGAAAAAUAUGUGGAAACUCCAAGGAAGAAGACUGAGAUUUCAAUAUUUGAGCAUGACUGUACAGAAAGUGAGAGAUUUGAAGACACACAGAACUCUGAGGGAAUGAAUUAUACACCUAGCAUUGUUAGGGCAAAAAGAAAUGUUCUCCCUCCGGAAAGAUUUUCCAUUUACAUUACUGAGCCUAGAAAAAUGUUCUAUGCUGCCUCCUUUUCAGAAAAUUUCCAACGAAAAUCAAUUAAAACAAAACGAUCUGGUGUAGAGUCUGGAAGCAAUGCUUCUGAAAUUUGCAGCCCCGAUGUCUCCAAAACCCAAGAGUCACAUAGAGAAGGCCAGGACAUUGUCAUUGCAUGUGAAGUAACUGGAAUUUCAGAUACACCAUUUUCUGCAGGCUUUGAGCUCCGGAAGAACAGAGAUGAUCAUAACAUUGGAAAGUUAACAGAUGACAAAGAAUAUACAAGUGAACUUACCUCACCUGAGGCAACUGUAUUACAUUCUUUACAAGAACCAAGCCAAGUUCUUGAUCAAUACGAUGACAAAAAGCAAAACACAUCUACAACACUAAAUACUGACUCCAUUGGUUCUAUGGAACAUAAUAGCCUAGAGCAGCCUAUUCAAUUAAGUGAUUGUACCAAGGAUGACUCAGAAAAUAUUUCAAAUACUGAUAGCUGUACACCUUUGAGGAACACAGAAAGAAAGGAAUUACUUACUACUAUUUCUGAAUCUAAACCAACAAACCAUAUAUUUCCCUCUCAAUUGAUAUUAGGAAAUGAUUGUCUGAAUGCAAAUCCUUCAUCGGAACAGAAGUGUCAGCAUUCUAAAGUUUGUGCAUGUUCAAUUCAUGGGAUUGCGAGUUCUACAAAUAAAACUGACCUGGGCCAAAAUUGUUCUUUCAUUAGUUAUAACAGUCCCGUUAAGCUUAUGUUUCUCUCAGAAGUAAGCAGUGACCAAGGAGUAAAAUACACACUGACAUCUGUAAGUACUUUGACAAAGUUUGACACAGGCAGCUGCAUUGCAAAAAUUAGUUCUGAAGAAGUGCUCAUUAAAACCCCAGAGGAAGAUCAUUCUCAUUCAUCUGCUGAAAAUGUUAAUACUGCUGAAUGUUUCCAGAGUAUUUUGGAGAGUUCUAAAACAAUCUAUGGGGAAGUAAAUGAUGAUGUUGAAAUGGAUAGGUUGGGUUCCAGUAGUUCUCUAUGUGCGAGCAGUCUUGUAAAAAAUAAUUUCCAGGUGGCGGAAUUAAGUGAGGUUUCAAAGGAUACAGAUAAUCCACUUCUAAAAGAUGAUGCUAAAGAAAUUAUUCAUCAGAAGGUGCAAAUAACCACGGUUUCAAAGGACGUAGGUGAUUCCGUUCUAAAACAUGAUUCUGAAGAAGUUAUUGACCAUGACCAGGUGGUAGAAAUAACUGGUGUUUCGAAGGACUUGGAUAAUUCACUUCUAACAUGUGAUGCUGAAAAGGUUAUUGACCAGAUCAUGGAAAUAACACAGGUUUCAAAGGAAGUGGGUGAUUUAGUUUUAAAACGAAAGCCGGGUCGUCCCAAAAAAUUAGGUCCUCCAGUAGAAAAGCAGAUUAAACGCCCCAAGGGAAGACCACCUAAACCUAAGGUUGAGUUAUCUGAAUCUGCUGAUUGUACAACUGAAACUCCAGAUGCUGAAAACUGCAAUCUUUCAUGUCCACCUUCCAGAGAUGAUGUCUGCAACCGGAAUAUUAGGAUUACAGUAGUCUAUGGACGUUCAAGAAGAUUCAAAAGAUUUGUGUCUGAGAAUGAUGGAAAUGUAACAAUUCCACAACUUAAUAUCAAUGAAAGUGACUUGAAGCAAACGUGUGAGAAACAACUGGAAAGCUUGGAAUUUGCACAGAGCUCUACUAUAGAGGAAAUGGAAAGCAAAACUGAUCGCUUGACACCUUCACAGACUGAAAGUGAAUGCGGAUAUGAUUUAGUUAGACCCAUAAAAAAUAAGACUCUUUCACUUCACAACACUGGCAAUGCAGUUGGUCCAAAUAGUAAGCCUACAACUAUUAAAAUUUCUAAAAAUGGACAACGAAAACCUGGACGUCCUGCAAAAGUGAAGAUUUCGGGUAUUUCUGUAACUGUUGAUCUAGUGUCACCUCAGGAAAGAAAAGUCUACAUUAACAGCAUAUUACCUCCUUUAGACCAAGAGUUUCCAAUUAAAAAUGUGUCAAAAGAUACAGAGAUGAAAGAUCCUGAUUUACAUAAAGAAUCUGUGGCAACAGUACAAAAUGAUUGUGAAACAAUGUCAAAAGUAAAUGACCAAAAGAAUAAAGUGAAGUCUGCCGUACCCUCGAGGCAUUCAGUUAGAAUUAGAAAGCCAUCUCUGCACUGCCUACAUUCAUUUGCAAACUCCUGCUCAUUUUCUCAAAGUAGUGCUUUGGUGCGUAAAUCACGGAAACUGCUUUUAAAUAAAGCAGGUAAUGAGCUUGCAAAAAACAGGAAGUUAAAUAUUAAAAUGAUAUCUGAGAAUACCUUGCCAAAUAUUACUACAGGGAGUAAUGGGCAAGAAAGCAAGAUUGAAGCACCUGAACUGAAUUGUUUUUCUGAAGUAUCAGCAGAUCCCAUUUUUAUAUCGAGCACUUCUUUCAGGUGGUGGCAUAACUCCACUUCCAAACAAACUUUACUAGAAGAACUUGAUACGCAAUUUGAAAAGAUUAAUAAUGGCUGGCUUCCCGUUGAUGUUGAGGAACUAACUAUUAGUUCUGACAAAGGAAGACCCCCAGAUCCAAUGGAAACUGUAGCCAAACGGACAUCAGUUGAAGACUGUUAUGACGAGGAUCAAAUCUCUCCUAUCCAAAUGCUGUUUCAGGGAAAUUGUGAUAUGGAUAAAAUUCGGGCAUGGUUCAUGCAAACAACAGAAACACAUUCUUUAUCCAUUGUAAGAAAAGAUAAUGCCCGGAACCCUAUUGAGGUUCUCAAUGCUAAAGGAGUUAUAGCAGAUGCCGAUCAAAUUGCCAUCUGUUCAAGCUCUCAGGCAGAACAUUUGAAAAAGCACCUUAAAAAAUUUGCACUAGAACCUGAUAUAAGACCACAAGGGCAAUUUUGUCUAUCAAAUAGAAUGAGCAAGCUCAAAGCUAAAAGGAGGCUUUUGAUUGACCAUAACAAUGUGGUUUCCUGUAAACUUCAAAGUACAGGAUUGACUCAUAAUCACAGAGUCCAUUGCAAGCAGUGGAAGUCUGUUUGGAAACAAAUAAAUGAAAAUCAAGGAUGCAGAAAUCUAAAUCCUGACUCAGUAAAAACUGUAGAAACUAAAAAUAAUCAAAAACCUGAUCUUAAAAUUGAAACCAUUAGAUCAGAACGAGAGCCUGUCCUAAUGAACAAUGAAAAAGAAAAUGAAAACCAAGACAAACUUAAUUCUGUCAAUAACAAAGGAGCUAGUGUAUCUGGUUGUACAAGUGUCCAGGACAUGGGCUUAAUGACCAACCAUAAAUCCAAAAGAACCACAAAACUAGAAAACACAGAUCAAGGAGGCUUUGCUAUGGAAGAGCAGCAAAAAGACACUUUAACAAAUGUUAACUGGAAACUUGGGAGUUUUAAAGAGUGCAGGGUGUUCCUAAGGAAGAUCAACUCUCUAGAUCAGAGCCAUUUCAGAAAUUAUAGUGUAGCAACUGCUUGGCAGCCAUCCAGAAAUAACUCAUUUGAUAUUAAAAGUUCAAGUCAUCUUCAGAAGUCUACUGAAGAAAACAGUGAUGCAUACAGUGAAGUAAAUCCCUCAGCUGUUGAUGCAUUCGAAGCACACAACUUCAACCCCAGAAGUCAAACUUUAUGUGAACGAAGAGGGAAGAAGGAGCACAAAGCAAGAUCCAGUAAUGAGAAUGGGGCGAGUAGUCCAUCAUCUGAUAAAAUUAAGCACUUUUCUAGAAUGCAGUCGGUACCUAUUCAGGUUGGCAGUGACCACUUGCUGUCGUUGGGCAGCAGCAGUAACCCAGUAGAUGAAGAGAGCUCACAAAAGGAAAAUGCUGAAAUUGUGAAGACUGCAGGGAAACGAAAAGCGCACAUGUGUGUGACUGGAGAUGCGGCAGCAGUGAAAAGGAUAAAACGAUCAUCUGUGGAACAAAGAUUGUCAUUCAGUCACUUAAAGUUUCAAAUAGGAAAUGCAAGUUGAUGGAAUCAUCAUGCCUUAACCAUGGAUUGUCAGAAUAUCUCUUUUCUACAAAGACUUGGCAUAGCAUAUCUACAUGAAAAACUUUAAGAAGAAAGCCAUCUUGUCGCACUUGGAAUUGAAUUAGUGCCUUAAUAUUCAGCCUACUGGUUCAGGUUGAAUGUAUGUAGCAAUAUCUCUUGUAUUUGCUGCUUUGUAGCCAAAACCUGAAGCUGAUGCGAACAACAUUGCAAAUUUGAGAAGUUGCACUAAUACCUUUUGUACAGAAUUUUUAGCGCUCUUGCUUGCUGCUUUGCAAGAAUUUGUUGAAUAUCAACAGGCAAACAUUCCCACAGGUUGCUACUAGUUUUAAUACAUAUACUUAAUCACAAUAGCAUUAAUUGUUUACUUAGUCAUUUUCUUAAAUUCAUAUUUCCACCAAAUGCAAUACAACUAAUCAAGUAUAUAAUGAUGCAUUAGAUUUUACAUAUAAUUAUCUUCAGAGGGGAAUGACUGCAUGACUUAUUUUCGUAGUCCAUACUUUGGGGAAUUUGGGACACUUCAAUUAUUGUAUUCACUUUACAUUUUUAUGUGCAUAUUCUGUUGUAAAAUUUAUAAAUUUGUAUCAUAAAUGGCUGAUUUGAUACUUUUUUAAAGUAUUAAAAGCAGUGCAUAUUUUACAUUGUGCUGAUAUGGAAACAGUUCUUGUUGCAGAUGUAAAUCUACUACCUCAGACAGUUAAAUGCUGGGCUUGUCUGAACCUUCCGGGGAAAAAAAAUAAGUCCAAUAAUUUUAAGUGUAGACACUGAUGGUACCUGUACCAUUUUGUUGCAAAUCUCACGGGCAAUUAUUAGUUGCAGAUCCUGAAAAAAGUGACUCAUAAUAACAUCAUGGUCUCCAAAGUACAAAAUAUUGGCCUGUCUUGCCAAGCGCUCUUCCUCAGUGACAUUUAACUCAAGGAUUUUUAAAAUGUUGCAUUGUUUCCAGAUUACAUUGUCUGGUUAGAAAUGCCCUGUGGUAAAAUGUUACUAUUGUGAAUGUGAUCAUCUGCAGAACAGAAUCUUUAUAUGGGGUUUCUUAUUCAUUGUUUACAGUCAUGGGCAGCUAACCUGUACACUGUCCUGUCAGCUGUAACUUAUAUUGAAGUCCUGAAUUGGUGUAUGGUUCAGUUUAACUUGGAAUAACUUUUAUUUUCUUCUUGAAGUGAAGACUGAAGACUUCCUGAACCUCUCAUAGUUCUUUGAAUUACAACCAGGAGCCAUACUUAUCCCCCUUGAUAUUAUGGAGGCUUUGGAAACUGCCCAGGAACCAAAUUGUGCACAAUCCUUAUAAUAUCUCACUAAUGCAUUAAGUGUCAAUAUUCUUCCUCAUUAUUCAGUUUAUUUUUUACUGUUUCUGAUCCCAAAUGCUCCAGGUCUUCACCCUAUCCGGGUCUUGUUAUGUUAUGUUAUCGUCGUGCAAACAAUAUGCAUUUUUCAGAAUUUCUGUUCUAUUUCCAUAACUAGGAAGUCCUGUAGCAUAUUGGUUGGAGCACUCCCCUUGAAAGCAAAGGGACCGGGGAAAGUUGGAACCCGGUUGUUAGUCAAUUGACGGAUCAUUUUUCCGAGGUA